AGUCCUGAUCACCCCACUCAAAGCAUUAACGACAUCCCGCUCUUUUUCUUCUCUCUCUGACAAACAAAUAUCCCUAAUAGGAUUCCUAUCUUUCUUUAACAACCUUUAUCUCCUUUUUUUUUUUUUUGUUCUUCCUGCAGUUUCUAGUCUUAUAUUUUUCUUGUCAAGUGGGGAAAAUGCAGGAGCAAGCUACAAGUUCUCUAGCAGCCAGCUCCAGGCCUUCCAGCAGUGAAAGAUCUUCCAGCUCUGCCCUUCACGUUGAAGUCAAAGAAGGCAUGGAGAGUGAUGAUGAGAUUCGAAGAGUUCCUGAGAUCGGAGGGGAAGUUGCCGGUGCUUCAGCUUCCGGGCGGGACGGCGGUUCAGUCGCCGGACCAGUUCAGCCAUCUGCAGCUGGUUCAAGGAAGAGAGUUAGAAGCCCAGCUGAUAAAGAAAACAAGAGGUUGAAGAGGUUGUUGAGGAAUAGAGUAUCAGCACAGCAAGCAAGGGAAAGGAAGAAGGCAUACUUGAUUGACUUGGAGGCCAGGGUUAAAGAAUUGGAAACAAAGAAUGCGGAGCUUGAAGAGAGGCUUUCCACGUUGCAAAAUGAGAACCAAAUGCUCAGACAAAUAUUGAAGAACACAACAGCAGGUGCACAGGAUGGGAGAAAGUGAGAAAGAAAAGAGAAACGAAAGUAGGUUUUCUUUCACCUCUAAUUAUUACCAUAUACUACUGAAAGAGUAGUAGUAGAACGAGAGUAGCUCUGGGGUAGAGAAUUUAAUUUAUUUUCUUAUCAUUGUUAACCUCUGGUUGGGAGUGUAUGUUGUGCUACUAGCUAAGCUGUGAAAAAUGCUUGGGCUGAAAGUUGGUGGUUCUGUUGAUGCCACUUUUCCAUGGUGGAGAUGAAAUCGAGACAAUUAUGUGAAGUGAAAUGAAUUGUAUGUAAAGUUAGAUGGGUUCUAUGGACCUUGAUUUCGAGCCUU